AUGAGCCCGGUUAUUCGUUCUGACUCCGUCUAUUUCUUCAGGUUUGCCAGCACAAGCUGGCUAGAACAAGACAUGCUGGGCCAGGCAUUCGAAGAUGCUUUUGAGGUAAUGCAGCAACAUUCAGCUGGGGACCAUCAGUAUUCCCCAGAUUACAAAAAUUACUUGACUUUUCUCAAUCAUUAUCCUCAUCUCCGAGGAAACCCCAGCUGUUAUGGUGUGCUCCCCACAGAAGAAACUGGCUAUAACUGGAGAACUGUGAUUAAUAGUGCUACUGACUUCUAUUUUGAAGGAAGCCUCCAUCAUGCUCUGCAGAAUAUGACUGAAAACCAAGGGGUGCAGACGGCUCCUGUCCAGCCAAGAGGAGGCAAAGGGAGAAAGAAGCUUCGACUGUUUGAAUACCUUCAUGAGUCUUUGUGUGAUCCUGAGAUGACAUCUUGUAUCCAAUGGGUAGAUAAGUCAAAGGGAGUCUUCCAAUUUGUUUCCAAAAACAAAGAGAAACUUGCAGAACUUUGGGGAAGAAGGAAAGGCAACCGCAAGACCAUGACUUACCAAAAAAUGGCCAGAGCCUUGAGGAACUAUGGAAGAACUGGGGAAAUCACUAAAAUCCGCAGGAAGCUAACCUAUCAGUUCAGUGAGGUCAUCCUUCAGAGACUCUCCCCACCUUUUUUCUUAGGAAAAGAAAUAAUCUAUUCACAAUAUAUUCAAUCUGACCAAGAACAACUCAAUAUAAAUAACUGGAAUGCCAAUUAUAAUUACAUGUAUGGCAAUGACCAUGACCUAGGUUACUCUGACUGCUAGGAGACCUGCUUGUCUUCCUUCUUUCACUAUCACAGAAUUUUGUGGGCAUCAAAAAUUCCUAUAAGGGCUUUCCUCUCAAAUCGAGAAAAAUUAACUCAGUUUCUUUGUUGGUAUGUUUUGCAAUUGAAUGGUGUAUACUACUUAGGAAGUUGGAUGGAAUUCUGUAAAUGA